UUGUCCCAAUCGAUUAUCGAUUCGAAGCAAUUGGUCGAUAUUGCUCAUUACUUGUGAUCACGGCGUCUCGGUGUGUCUUGAUCGCUGCUUCGCAAUUUAUUGUCGGCUUAUCGGUGGAAAUUGUAAUUCGAGAGUGUUGUUAAUAAUUCACGAGGCAAGAUGAACGCACCUCCGACCUUUGAGUCAUUCUUAUUAUACGACGGAGAGAAAAAGAUAAUAAAGGAACAGGACACCAAAGUGCCAAAUGCUGCAAUCUUUACGAUCAAUAAAGAGGAUCACACGUUAGGAAACAUGAUUCGCAACCAAUUGCUGAAGGAUCCUCAAGUGUUAUUUGCUGGUUAUAAAGUCCCACAUCCCCUGGAACAUAAAUUUGUUAUUAGAAUACAGACGACUUCAGAUUAUACUCCACAUGAAGCCUUUAUGCACGCUAUUACCGAUUUGAUCGCGGAACUUUCGUUGUUUGAGGAACGUUUUAAGGAGGCAAUCAAGGAGAAGAAAGAAGGCUUGGAUUAAAUGGUUGAAUCUGCAUCCUGCUUAUAUAUUUUAUAAUUUAUCAUGUUUUCACAUUUCAUGUUUAGUUUUAUUAUGUGCAUUAGAUAGUAAACAUGAUAAGCAUGAUAAGACAUGUAAAUAAUUUUACAUUAAGAAGGAAAGAAUUAAUUGAAGAUUAAGAGGCUGUGUAAAUAAUUAAAUAAUAAAUAAAUUUUUUAAAUAAUGAACUCA